CAUACCUGUCAAUUGGGUGUAUAAUUAUCGGUAUUGCCACCAAUCCGACCGCAGUUGUUAUCCAAGAUUGGGUCCCAGGUGGCACACGAGAAGCAAAUCUUCGGAGUACGAUGCCCAUUACGUAACAUAUUCUAUUGAUAGUAAAACCAGGGAUUGCGACGGAUGCUAAUCCUUGCCAAGUGACCGCCUCGAUAAACGCUUCGGCACAUGAACGCAAACGCAAUUCCUGAGGUAGGUUUUCUUUGGUCUGAAGUGAACAUUUUAGACAGCAUUAUUGACUAUCAGCCCUUGAACUUUUAGUGUUUGUGCCCUUGUCUCGUGCGUCAUACUAUCAGCCCUUGAAAUUUUACUGAUUGUGCCCUUGCCUCGUGCGUCAUUGCCCUGGGGGAUAAUUUAUAGGAUAGUAGGGGGGGGGGGCCUUUACAGAGGCAGGAGGCUUGAUAGAGAUGGGGUGGACUUGACAGAAGGGGGGGGUUAUUUUACAGAAGGGCUUGACAAAUGGGAGCUUAACAAGGAAGGGGUUUGACAAAGAUGGCAGAGGGGGCUUAACAGUGAGGGGCUUAAUAGGGAGGGGCGUAAUAGAAAGUAGGGUUAUUCGUUUUAGCUGAAAUGCAAUAAGACACUUAGUGGACUAACACCAGUAUGUUUUUGUGAAGGGAUGAGACAAAUAUAGGGUCAGUUAUUUGAGAGGGGGGGGGCUAAAUAGUGAAUUUACAGUAAGUGUGGUACCACAACAUGAUGUUAAGAACCCUGUGCAGCCUUAAAACAAUUUACAAAUGUUUAUUAGCUCCAUGACAUCCCUUGAUAAAAGGUCUACAGUAUUAAAUAAGCAAAGCCCUCCAGUCAGCUAACCUGGUACAUUUCCAAACUCUUGGACGAUGCAUCACCUAAUGCAUAACUCGAGGCAACCAGAUAGCUGCUGAAAUACCCAACUCUUGAUAUGUGAGAUUUGAAUGCCUCGCCAAUCUCAUUUGCAUAACCUGCAUGAAAUUAAUUAUAUUAACAUCCUUAACUCAGUGAACUGAACUAGUACUCCUAACUUUAAUCUGUAAGACGUCAUAUUGGGAUAAUAAUAUGGAAAAUCACCUAUGAAAACAGGAAACCCCUAUCUGGCCAUACGAAGCUUUCACAGCACGACAAAAACAGCACGUAAGAAAUUAUAUAUUUACGAAUUUAAAUCCAAUAUUUACCCGGGUGUGUUGCAAUGAGGAGACACUAAAUACUAACACAAAAACACUCGUAUAUAAACUAAAAAAAUAAAAUGAUUAAAUUUAUUGAACCAGAAACGGUUUUACCUAAAUAUCUAAUCAAAGUAUCGCGAAAAAAGUCGAUUUUCGCUCCUUUGUCAUCCGCCAUCUUGGAUUUCGUUUGCGAAUCGCCAUUCAAUGCAACUUGAACGUUAUCGUGAUGGUUACCUAGCGAUGGCCAAUCACAGUGCUUCGAUAUUGAAUGCUCCAAAUCAAAACAAAAUAAUACAGUGUGACAUCAUGUAAACAUUCCAUAUUUGUGCAAAGAAUAUUUUGCGAGAAAAACAAAAUUUUUUCACCAGAAAACUUUGACAGGCAAAUAUCAUACAAAGUGCAAUAGAAAGGUAUGUAUUUUAGGUUUCAAAACUCCUCAAAAUACGCCUUAUAUCUGAUUAAAUCCAUGUAAAAAUCACUAGUGACCCAGUGACUUUUAUAAUACGUCAUACAAUAGAGGCCAUCUACAACAUAUUUCAUGUACAUAUUUCAGCAUUAUCUGAAUAUGGAGAAACAGGAGAAUGUCAAGCAAACAUCUGCAGUCACAUUUGAUAUCAUACUUGAUGAAAAUGCAGUGAAACCAGAGCCGAAAAGAUUGGCUUUGUUGAAACAAAAUAGAAAAGAGCCAUUGACUGCAGAUGAAAUUGAGAAGCGACAAAAGCUAGCUGAGGACAGAAGACAGGUAUAUCACUAAUCUAACUUAUUUAUACGAGAUAGCUCUGAGUUAUAAACUGCUUCCCCUAGAGGUCCAGUAGGAUAAAUCCUACGCAGCCUUUGGUAGAAUCAUUCUUAAGUCCUGCAGAUGAGAGCUUUUGGCCGAGCCAGCCACAUACAAGGGAAACCUGCUGAGCUAAUUCGAGUGGCACUAUCUCAGCAUGUUUGUCUUGUGUGCAGAUAGUUUUUGUGAGGAUUUAAUCUCUUGAGGAAAAUAUCUAUUGUGUUUCAUAUUUUUCACCUCGGGAGAAAAAUAUUUACCAUCUGCAGAUUUUGCGAGCUUAGUGCUGAACUGCUUGAAUGAACUAGCCAAUGAGAACUCAUAGUCAUGUGGUCAUAUAACUGUAGUUUUAUAAUCUCUAAUGUAGGCAAGAUUAGAGGCAAGGUUGAAACGAAUGCACGAGCGAGAGGAAUCAACCAGAAAACUUGCAUGCAGUGUAGACAUACUACUACAACAACAGUCGUUAAGAACUGGAAAAGUAGCAAACCCUAACGAAGUCUCCAUGAUGUCUCGAAGAGAAAUCCUUAAAACUGCUAACGAUAUCGUCAAAGGGUUUAACGAGAUGAGGCUACAGCUGCUUAAUAUGGAUCUCAAAGUUGACGAAGGAAGAUGCCAAAUGAGUCACUUGCCUGAAACCAAAUGGCAAAAGGCUUUGAAAAGCUCAAAAACGACCAAAAAUACACAGAGAGGAACUAAGAAGCCAGCUGAAAUUCCAGUAAAGAAUAAACCAUCAUCUAAUUUUUCUUCAGAAGCUCAUGGACAAAAACAUGAAGGUGUUGCAUUUGAGAUACCAUUUGAUGAUGUAGGGGGUUCAAAGAAGUGUAAAAAGAAGCCAGCAAUAGCCAGCUUACAGAAGAAGGACUUGAAGGCAGAAAACCAGGAGAUGGUUGCUUUAAAAUUGGAAGAAAAACAACGGAAAGCAGCUGAACGGAGACUGGUUUGUAUCCUUCAUAAUUACUGGUAUGCCAUUUAAAAGUAGCGAACUUAGGGUGAGUAAAAAAUAUAGGAAGAAAACCCAGAUCAAACCAAUUCUUAUAACUUGUGUCAAAAUAUACAUAUAUAUUAUUACAGUGUCAAAAUAUACAGUUGAAUUAGUCUUCAAAAACCACAGGCUUUUUCAGGUUUUCAAUUAACCGCUUCACCCUAUGCAAUGGCAAAUAUGUUUCCCAUUGACAAGUCACAUCAUGAAUUUUUAGACAGAGAAAAAUAGCAAAUUAGGUGCAUUGCCAUUAUUGUGAUUUAAUGGCUAGCAAGAGAUGUGGACAGUCUUGUCAUCAUAGUAAUUUUUCUACAGAGAAGGCAGGAUGCCAGAAUCAGAAAAACUCGAGAAAGCAGAGAGGCGUUAAUGGAACUGCGAACCAAAGUGAAUAUUUUUCAACAGCAUCAAGCAGCACUUGAUGGACAAGCUGAUCCUCGUAUGAUGUUGUCUGAACGUGAGGCAGCUUGCCUCGCCCAAGACAUUGCAGAUGGCUUUAGUUCCAUUCACAGCAAGUACGAGACAGAUUUGGAGAGAGCUGAGGGAUUCAUGAUGGUGUAUGAUAAGACUCCAAUGUGAAUAUGUUAAGAUUUGGAGAGAGCAGAGGGAGUCAUGAUGCUGUAUGAUAAGACUCCAAUGUGAAUAUGUUAAACACUGUGUAUAUUUGUACAGGUAUAUAUUGGGGCAAGCAAAAAAUAGUCAACUGAGUGAAAUUAUGCAACACAACACAACUUUAACAUACAACAUACAUAUAUGUAGUGUACUAGCCAACUGACUUCUCAGUGUUGAACAUGUUGUACAAAUAUGUAUUUUUUUAUAGGGCACAAUAAUCUGUUGUAGUGAGGGAGUUAGAUGAUGUAAUGUAGUGGAAUAUUGAUAUCCAAUUUAGUAAAUAAAUUAUUUUUUAUUUUAGUGUUGAACUAUUUUCCCCUGACAAUGCAAAUUUGUCUAAUACUUUCUUAUCCCCUUGCCGUACAAAAUCCGGCAUUUUACGCCGAUAUUUUAACGUAAAUGGCCCUGCAGAUUGCAGAGGCGUUGAAACUUUUUCAUUGGCUCUUUCGUCAAACACCGUCGAUAUUAUAACCUCUUUAUCGACACGAGGCCUCUUGAUGUGUCGGUCUAAUUUUUCACCAUAAUAUCCAAGCCCUGUUUUACAAUAUGGUAAUUGGCCUUCGUUAGGUACUGGUUCGGUGAUACCAACUUGAGAGCUACCCAAACUGGAACCCUCGGUCCAACCUUGGCUCUUCAUUACCUUGCUGCCAAAACCUUUUGUGUGUUUCUCAAAGUCUCCAAUCUUUGACGUGUCAUCAAUGUCCAAACGUCGUUGCUCUGCAAUUCUCAUGUCCAUCAGAGCUUUUGAAUGCCUGUCACCAUAUCCUGCCAAGCAAAAUAUUUAAAAGAACUGAG